AUGCCUCAGGCCGAUAAUGCUACGGCAGGAACUCCACCUGCAAUUCCAAAAUUCUGUGAUUGGCGUAUUGAAAUCCGCGACUGCAUUCUGACGGAAAUCUGGGUGACAGAAGUUUCGAUUUCCUUGGUCACCAAUGCUAUCCUGGCCUUUACAAGCGCCAUAUUCUUCUAUUAUCGGCGAAGAUAUAUGUGGCAGGGGCUUUUCGUUGAUCAAUCUUCAGGAAUCCGUCCAUUGCCGGUGGAUUGUCUAUUGUUAUUUUGGGGGAUAUCGACUGUGCUCAGAGCACUUUAUGCACUUUUGUUGUUGUUUGAUGCGUUCAGCGCGUAUUGGCAGAGAGAGUUGCUGCAAGAAUUAGGUUGGACUUUCCUUUGCUUUGGUGCCGCGUGUUACCUAAUCGGCAUUAUCUAUACGAUUCCCGUAAGCUACACUCGAGGGUCGGACGCAAUGAUUUCGCUUGGCUCAUCAAACAAGCGUUCUACAAACAACGGCGUUAGCAACGACAAAUCUACCCACGUCAUCAUCCUCCCCACUCCGAUUCAACUGAACUUUGUCCUCGGGGCUUACUUCUUAUUCCCUACCCUUAUCAUGCUUCCUGCAGCUGUACUCUCUGGUGUGGCUAGAGAUCAGGGAAAUUUCGAGACAGCAGCCGCGUGGACUACAGUGCACUAUGUAUCGUACUGGGUAUAUGAUUGGAGUGUGUCGAUAAUCUCGGCAUACUACGGAAUUCACUUUAUGAUCAUCUUGAGGACUUCAAUGAACAACUUUGAUAAUCGAAGUGCCGGUGGUACGUAUCAUCAAUCGAACAGUCCUACACGCCAAGCUUUCCAUCGAUUGAAGUAUACCAUGGCAUACCUCUUCUUCCUGUCAUUCAUCUCCGGGCCUGGUUGGGGUGUAUACGGUAUCAGAUAUAUAUCAAUGGUCACUGGUCCCAAUCUCUACAGUUUGUUCAUCUCUGGAACUUGGUAUAUCACUGGUCCUCAGCCUCUAAUAGCUGUGUGUCAAUAUGUGUUGGCAAAGAGAAUCUACCAGCACUACAUUGGUAAAUCUAAGAGUUCGAACAAUAUCACGGGAUCAAGCGUUCAGUCAACAACCAUUACGUCUAGGGCUCCUCCGGCCAUGCAAGACGGCAUUCUCAUUACCCAAGAAAUAGGAGUGGAAAUGGAUUUUGCUCUGGAUAUGAAAUCAGGAGCGGACAAGACCAAGCCAGACAAGAAGGGCAGCCAGGAGUUUGAGCUGAUGAAUAAAAGUGACGAUGGAAAAAGUGAAGAUAAUGUAUAA